UCAGGUCGGACUAGGUUGUUGUUACAUUUGUCAGAAGAGGAACUGCUCCGCAGGUGGAGGGAUGAGUCUCUCCCCUGUGAUUGGCACAGAAGUGCCAGAAACAGCUAACGGGGUUGUGAUACCCGUUGUUUCAGAGAACGGCCCUCAUGUCUCUGUGAAGUGUGGAGGAAGCAGAGCGCCCUGUUCUGGGGAGGGAUCAGAGGACGGCUCCCUCGGACACACAGAGAACACUAUAAAUGUGGAAAACAGAGUUUACGAUGGCGAAGGUCACCUGGAUGCAGAGAAGGUCAUUAACGAGAGAACCUCUAGUUUAUCAUUGCACACAGACCCCUCUCUCUCCACUGACACAUGCACAGGAUACUCAGAAUCGGUAUCCAUUGUCAGAGACAUUCCUGAGGCCUCCAGCACUGCCGAGCCUCCUGAUGCAGCUCUGGUGUGGGACUCAGCCGAGACCAAAGACUCAUCUCAGCGAGAAGACCUCCUCUCCCUGGACAGACAGCUGACAGAGGCAGAGACUGUGGACGGAAGCACUGACAGCCGAGACGAGGAGGAAGAUGGAGAGAUGGAGAAACAGGAUGAGGAGGAGGAUGAGAAGAAUGCAAAGAAGUGGAGGAAUCCGUAUGCAGGGAGAAAACACUCCUCACAACACUACUCGUCCUCUGCUCCCGGGCCUAGCACCACCUCCUCUUCCUGUCUCCCACCUCCUAUUCUUCCCUCAGAUGACGCCCCCUGCCCGCCCCAUGUCAUGGCCCAGGUGUGGGUUCGCAACGUCCGGGGGAUGCAGGAUAGCAAGAGCCUGGAUGAAAUUAGCCAAGCAUUUGGAGGCAGUUUGGGGGCCCGGGGAGGGGGCAGAAGUGGCCAAUCAGAGGGUCGACGGGCUACGAUCUCCUCAGCUCUGGAGCUAGAGGGGACGGUCAGCCAGGAUGGAGACCUAACUAACUUCAUCACUAAGAACCUGGAGCAGAAGAUCAAGAUGAGCUCCAAGCCAAGUCUGGACUGCAGUGACUCGGACUGUUCGGGGCCUAUCUACCGAAGCCGGGGCUUGUCACGGAGACCAGCAGAUAUCCCACCCAUCGAUCCCACUAUCCUAUUGGACCUUCAGAGACACACACAGGAUGUGGCGCACAGUGUGGAGAUGAUGAUGCGCAGCCUCAAUGGAACCAUCCAGAACAUGACAGCUCUGAGUGUGGGCUACAUCCAGACCUACAGAGACUCAGUUGAUAGCCUGGGAGAAUCUGUGGACAUGAGUAUAAAGGGUAUGUACACGCUGAUGGCUCGCUGCGAGGAGCUGGAUCGUUCCAUGCAGCCUAUACACACCCUGGCCGCGCAGAUCCGUGACAUCAAACGCACACUGGACGCUCUUGAGACGAUUUGCAAGUAACCCACACUUCUGGGUUGAAAACACAUCCCAACUGCAAAGAUUCAUCAUCAAGCACAUCCUGAACGAGGUUGUCUGCAAGUCACUCCACCCAUCUGCAGGUACCACACACAUCCUGCGGUGAAGAUUAAGUGCACCACCGGAGUCCUUGAACCACUGUUACCAGGCAUGCGGGAUGAUUGGCGCUAAUAGUCCCUCCGCUUGUUCAUUGUUCCAGGUGGCCAUGUUUGUGUUGUGCGAUCUCAAAUGAAUUGCGCCUGAUUUGCUCUCGGGUCUGAGCUUUUUUCCCCUUUUUUUUAAAGCAACCUCACUUCCUCAGAUAAAAUCUCGAAGAUUAACCAUUUUUGGAGACACUUGGCCAAGUGCCCUGAGAACACAUACCCAGACGCAAACAAAGGUGUGGGAGUAGACGCCCGCUGUUCCCACUCUACAACAGGAAGUGUGUCGUUAUCCGUCCAGCCCGCUUGGUUCAGAUUGCACUAUCCUCUCCUCUCCACUUGGGGGCGAUGUUCCUCUCUCGGUGUCUGUAUUGUGCUAUGAAGAGGAACCGGUACAAACUGCUCAGAAGACAGUGACUUUUGCACAGGAACAGAAAGUCUCUUUUUUAAUCUUAUGCAACAAAGAUUACAUUCUUUCAUUGGGGAAUAAAUUAAUUGAGUGACGCAUCA